AAUUUGAUUUGAAAAGUUGAUGUCCAACGCAAUUUCGUUCGUUAUUGACGGCCUUGCUUACGUCACGUCCCAUUUCUUUGUUUUCUUUAUAUAUCCAACGCCCCUGUGCUGCCUUUUUUUUGUGUUCAAUGAUCUACCCUGUUUUUCUCCAUCAGAGUCUAAACACAAAAAGUAAAUAUUAUCGAGGAGGAGGAGGAGGAUAUGGGAAGUUGCUUGUCGUCGUCGGUGAAAUCUCCUGCGGCACCAACAGCAAAAGUGAUCUCCGUCAACGGCAAUCUGCUGGAAUAUCCAGCGCCCAUUUUGGUUUCGCAAGUACUAAGUCACGCCCAAGCCUCAUCCUCAUCUUCUGACGACUUUCUCUGCAAUUCCGACGGCUUGUAUUACGACCAGCCCAUUCCCGCACUGGAUUCCGAGGACCAACUCCACGCCAACUACAUCUAUUUUGUUCUGCCAGCCUCUAAAUUGGAAAGCCCUCUCUCCGCCUCCGAUAUGGCGGCUCUUGCCGUUAAAGCCAGCCUCGCUCUCCAGAAGGUCGACGGUCACCGCCGAAAGAAGGCGCGUAUUUCUCCGCUUUUAUUCGUCAAUCAAAAUCAGCAAUCUCUUCAUAGAGACGACUUCCGCGUGGACAACCAACAUCCUCAGCCUCAGCCUCAGGAUUAUGUGUAUGAUUCCGAUAUCACCAUAGGUCGACCCACCAAGAAGAAGCCUCCUCCUUCUCCUUCUUCUUCUUCUUCCUCCUUUGGAAUUUCCAGAUCGGCGUCCGUUAAGAGAUUUCAGAGAUUCACUUCCAGAAGGGCCAAGUUGGCCGUUCGUUCUUUCAGGCUCAGAUUGUCAACCAUCUACGAAGGCACCGUUCUCUAGAUCCAUUAUUAUUUUUUUUAAUUUUUUAAAUUUUUUUUUAAAAAAUUUGUAUUAAUGCUUUCAGUGCGCCUGUUACAUGAAACUUUUUUAACCAUUGUGUAACAUACUACUACAGUAUAUACUCUCUUAUCUCCCUCUAAAAACUUCAUAACACAUCGAUCCUAUCCUUCCAGUGCACUACUGCGAUUUUUUGUUUUCAUUUUUUGCUCUAGUUACUGUAAAAAUUCCUUCUCUUUUAUUUCAUCGUGUAUGUAUAUUUUUCUGUAUUAAUUCAUCACGAGUUAUAUUUAUGUCUCAUUAUUACACACACAUAUGUAUUAUAUAUAUAUAUAUAUAUAUAUAUAUUUCAAUAGGAUCAUUGAUAAUUAA